AUGGCACAAUCUGGCUUUACAUGCCGCGAUGGCCAGGUGAUACCUGACUCCAAUAGAUGUGAUGCUCAUAAGGAUUGUAACGAUGGCAGCGAUGAGAGCUUUGUUGAAUGCUUCCAAGAGAUCUGCCCGGAGUAUAAGUGUUCAUAUGGAGGCUGCUACCAGAAAUUCAAGCGUUGUGAUGGCAAAUUAGACUGUUGGGACGGAACCGACGAACACCCAAUCCAUUGUAACAAAAAUCAAACCCAAUUGAAUUCUGAAGAAAAUGUUUCAUCGCUUAAAUGCACAGAAAAUCACUUGAAAUGUCAAUCAACAUCGGAAUGCCUUGAUUUCAAAUACGUUUGUGAUGGCAUCAAGGACUGCCAGGAUGGCAGCGAUGAAGCCAAUGCAUUUUGCCUAAUUUCCGAGUGUCCCAACGAUACAUUCCGCUGUGCCUACGGAGGAUGUUUAGCGAAAAGCAAGGCAUGCGAUGGGGAAAUUAAUUGCUGGGACAAGUCGGAUGAAGAGUAUGCCAUUUGCGGAAAAACACUUGGUAAGCUUGUGCCUGCGACUCUCAUCGAAGACCGAAAUGGCACAAAUCGCACCACAUCACUGGUUUCUACCAAUGGAUUAGAUGCCCACCGAAUAUUUACUCGUCAGUCUUCGGGCUGCAGAAUACCAGCAAACCUGAAAAAUCUUCAGGUAAAAACCCUCUUUAAUGUCCUGCCCUAUAGGGUGGGUGCAGAAAUAGCGGACUCCACUGUGGUGCGAUUGAGUUGCUCUAACAACACACAGCUGUACGGCAGUGAUCUUAAUCUCUGCCUCAAUCGAAAGUGGCAAGGGCCAUGGCCGGAUUGCAUCUCGAGGUGCCACAGAAGGAUUUUUACCAAGGAUCCCUCAAUUCGAUCUGCAUGUCGUUACAAUGGAGACACAAGGGAUUGCACACUCAAGUCGACCAAGUUGUUCACUGGAACCGUUGCCAACGUAACCUGCGCUUCAGGUUACAAGCCAAAGGGAAGGACUUCUUGGCAAACUCGAACCUGCGUGGAACUUCCAAGUGCCACCUCCCCGGCUUGGAUUCUUGAGAAGAAACAAAAUCGCCUCCAAUGCGUUCCUGAGUGUGGCAUAACAGUGCUAGGAGUAAAGGACAUUCCUUGGACCGUGAGUCUAUUCACAAAUGCCAUGACCACGUCCAAUUUCUCCUUUAGAUGCCUGGGUAAAAUAAUCAGUGCUUAUUCGGUUAUUGUCGAGAAACAAUGCAUUGAUACUGUCGAUGUGAUGCGAUAUGGCAUUAUCACUGGAGAGCACUCGAUUGCUUUUAAUGACUAUGACGAGAGUCCCUAUAAGGUAUACCUUAUAGGAAGCAUAUAUAAAGGCUCAUCAAAUGCCCUUGUCAACACAGUUGAUCCCUUUAUAUUUUCUCGCUUGGUGCGCCCCAUUUGCCUGCCCCCCAUCCCUGAGUGGUAUGCCCUGUCCUCGAGCACAACUGCCUAUACGACCUCGAAUGGCAUUACGAUUACCUAUCUUAUUAAUAUCGAAGAUGACAUACGCGAGAAAAUAAAACUUAUACACGAGCACAGCAACCAAAAAGGAAAUGAAAAUACCCAUAAUUCUAAAGCUCUCAUAAACAUUUAA